UUGCUACGGGGGCGGGGCUACAACGGGUUGUCUUUGCAGAAGGCGAGUAGCGGGCUAGUAGCUAGUAAGCCCACUUGGCGAGUUGUUUACUAGGACUAAUUCUGUGUUAGAAAAUAAAAAUUAUCCAUCCACAGGUAGUGGGAGGUAGUGGAUUGCCAGUCGGUAUUUGUUAUUUUAUCUGUUCUUUGCUCGGAAUCCAUAAUUACGGUAUCGACACAGAUUGACAGCAGGUCACACCGCUAUUAGCAACAAGGUGCUAGCAUCCCCCGCGCAUAUCAGCUGUCUCAGCGCUGUAUGUGCGGCAACAACAUGUCAGCGCCUUUACCUGCCAUAGUGCCUGCUGCCCGGAAAGCUACUGCGGCGGUCAUAUUCCUGCAUGGUCUUGGUGACACUGGGCAUGGCUGGGCAGAGGCUUUUGCUGGCAUCAGAAUACCACAUGUGAAGUACAUUUGUCCACAUGCCCCCACCAUGCCUGUUUCGUUGAACAUGAGGAUGUCCAUGCCUUCUUGGUUUGACAUCUAUGGGUUGAGCCCCGACGCUGAUGAAGAUGAGGCGGGAAUCAAGAGGGCUUCGGAGAAUCUGAAAACCUUGAUAGAUCAAGAAGUGAAGAAUGGCAUCCCUUCACACAGAAUUAUCCUGGGAGGAUUUUCACAGGGCGGAGCUUUGUCUCUUUACACAGCUCUGACAACUCAGCAGAAGCUGGCCGGCGUGGUCGCUCUAAGCUGCUGGCUUCCCCUCCGCAAGUCAUUCCCUCAAGCAGCGGCCAACAGCGCUAACAAGGACAUGCACGUGCUGCAGUGCCACGGAGAUGCCGACCCUCUGGUCCCGUUGAUGUUCGGCACCCAGACGGCAGAGAAAAUGAAGAGUUUGAUCAACCCGGCGAACAUGGCCUUCAAGACGUAUCGAGGUCUACCGCACAGUGCCUGUCCUGAGGAAAUGGUCGACGUCAAACGAUUCAUAGAGAAACAUCUUCCCGCCAUCAGCGAUGAAUGAACUUUUGCUGGCCUGUUUGGGUUCUAUCGGAGCUCCACUCCAGCGAGACCAGACCAGAGGAGCCCUGACUUACUUGACAACAAAUCCAUGCUGCUACUCCAUAGAUUAAGACGGGACUGGGGCGAUGCACGACUAAACGCGAUGCUGGAGCCACGCACAACCCACAGUGUUGAAGCAGAAAUACCGUAUUUGCUUGAUUGUGAAGAUCUUGCCAUUCAGAUGAGCCAUUUCGUACUGGAAAUGUAUUUUGAUAACCAGGGCUAUACAUUAUAAUUUAGUAUUUACUUUUUUUUUGGGCCAUAAUUACUUUAUUUUAGUGCUGUAGUGAUUCAUUCAAUUAGAAGAUUUUCAAAAUGUAAGAUUGUUUAUUUGUUUCUCUUUAGUUUGGAUUUUUUUUAAUCUAAAGCAAUUUGUUUUGUGUUUGUAAACUAAAGGUGUGGGCUUUGUUAAUGCCUUAAUUUUCUUAGCAUUCUAUGAGGGCAAUUUUGAAAAUAAUGUUUUAUUUUAAGCUAAUUUUAAGCAAAAGCUUAAGCUUCAGAAAAGUGUUGAAUAUUCUGUGAAUGUUCAAAAGAACGGACAGCAAAAAAAAAAAAGUGAUAUGAUUGUGCUUUAUUUAAUUUGUGAGAAUUCAAAUAGCUAUUUCACACAAAUUUGUUUUAAAUACACAAAUAUCAGUGGUCAUGAUCAUAUAUU